GCGCUGCGAGCUUAUAUCGAAGAGCAUCCUUUGUCUGUGCAUCGACUGUUAUCGAUCGACCAUGUGACAACUUCAUUAUCAACUGAAAUUAUUGUUGUCGACAGUUUGUUAAAAUGUCUAAAUUAUUUUGAAAUAAUGAAGGGACUCGUUUGUAUUUAACGUAAUCAGUUUUUACUCUGUAACAAUGUGGCCUGGAAGGCUGGACUUGUCUCGUGAUGAGUGUAAGAAGUGUUUACGUUAUCUCGAAUUAGAAGCCUAUGGUAAUAUGGUAUCGGUAUUGCGAGCGCAGGGCUCAUUUACCACUGAAAAACAAAAGCUAUUGCAAGAAUUAGCGAAAGCUCUUCAUAUUUCAAAUGAAAGACAUCGUGCUGAGGUUCGUCGUGCCGUUAAUGACGAGAAACUGACCGUUAUUGCUGAGCAAUUAAAUGGCCCGAAUACUGGUACAGAUUGGGCCAUCGAAGGUCGACGAAUGAUUCCCCUCUUGCCUAGGCUGAAAGCAGGAAAUAUUUUCACAACCUUAGCCAACAGUUUGUCACUUGCAACUUCCGUUGCCAAUGCUAAAAAGGGGGCAACAUCUCAACAAGAGACACCAGAUAUAAAAGUCAAAUUACAGACAGAAUUUGUCUUGGGGAAGUUAGAAGAGAAGAAAUCACCCGUUAGUCCAAUUGCCGUACAGCCAGAAAGGCAUCCUGUAGGUAGAAAAAGAAGAAGAUCAGGAGUUGAGCUCCAAGAUGUUUCUGGUGGUUUAAAUAGAUUUAAUGACACUGCUAACAUCGUGAGAGAUGUUGUUACAUCUGAUUCUUGCAUAGAAUCAGAAUCAUUGUGUUCAGUACCAACUUCGUUACCUAAUAAGGUGUUUAUAGUGCCCACAAGCACAACUGUGGCCAUGUCAAGAAAUGAAAUUGUCGAUGAUGUUGAGGUAAAUCCUGCUAAUUCAUCUUGCUCAACAAGCACAACCUUUCAACAUAAUACUUCUGUUCAUCCUAGUGGAAGUAAUUGCAGCAGAUUAAAUUUAACAGUUCCAUGUAAAAACAUUACAACUCCAAUUGCGUCUUGCUCUCAAACACUGCUUCAAACUGGGCAGUCACUUUCCACAUUUGUAUCUGGAUACGUGACUGUCACUGCAGCUAGCAAAGUACGAGCAAAAGUGAUACCAACGCAAAUAAUGGUCCAGCCCAAAACGACACCGUUGGUAAUAUCUACCUGCGGUUUUCAACAUGCCAAUGCAAAUAUCAAACAGUCAGAAGUUUCUGAUAUUCAAACGAGCAACGAAGGUGCGAAAUUAGUGCAGUUAACGAAUUGUGUACAAAAUGCAGUCAGAAUUACCAGUAGUACAACUUCCACGUGUGUCCAAGCGGUAAUGACUACCGCAAACUCAAGUACAAGAUCCGCUAUUGGAUUAAAGCCGAUACCAUUACAAAAUGGACCUCGAAUGGUAACUCUGAAUACUGAAGUAGCAUCGAGCGGACCUGGUCCUCCUCAUAACAGUUCUACCACAACAGUAUUAACAUGUAAAAAAAUGCCAACUGUAAAAACUGGUCAAAAGCCAGUCAAUAUGGGUAUCACGUUGAAUUCUAGUAAAAGUGUAAAUAUAACAUCUGAUAUUGGCUCAAGGGUGGCUGCCAAAGGCAAUGUAAUCGUUGUGCAAAAAGGUCCUGCUAAAGGUGUAACAUUAUCUCAUGCUGGAAAGGAAGUAUUAGGCAAAGUUAUUGUUGGUGGGAAAAAUGUAUGUUUAUCAAAUCCGCAGUCUGCUGGUACAAUAGCUUUGCUGCCACAUAGAAUUACCGUUAGUGAGGAACAAUCUUUAGCUGUGUUGUCCCCAUUAAAUUCUUCUCAACCCGAACCAGUCAAAAUCAACGCAAAGGCGGGAAACAUGAUUGUGUUUGAUCUGCGACAGGAUUCUAUAAAGAAGAAUAAAGUCCUUUCUGAGAUUCUUGAAGCUUCUGGCGUAUUUAAUUCAGAAUCAAAGACUGCUAUUUUAAAUACUAAUUCUCAUUUGUUGAUAAAAGAACAAAACAAAGAAGCUCAAACUCCGACUUGCCCUAUUAGCAAAUCAUCAUACGUGAAGAGUGGGGCCACGAUUAGUUUCGUAAUGGAUUCGAAAGAUCAUAGGAAAAACAAAGAAACUAUAGCGAGUAUAAAUUCUGAUAAAACAGAAGCUCCAGAUGAAUCUAAGAACAAAGUUUCUGAAGAAAAACUCGGAAAUUUAGACUGCAUUAGUGAAAUGCAAGGAUCACUAGAUCCUCAAACUGGCGUCUACAGUUUUGAAACAUCAGAAAAUGCAAUAAACAAUAUUCAGACAGGAGAAUCCAUAUCGAAUUCUGGGAUAGACAUAUUCAGCACCGCAUUGGCUUCAGCAGAUAUAAAUCUGGAAAGUUUCCAGUACAUUGAUGAAAACGACAGUAAUAACUUAUUGGAUGAUGCCGGAAGUCAGAUUCUAGCCAUAGAUCAUCUAACACAUCUGUAUGAUAGCCAGCAAUCGAUCAGUGAUAAGUCAAAUAGUUAAUAUUCAAGCGCGAACGUGCAGUUUAGUUUAUUAGCUACCGCAAUUGGAUUUUGAAAAUACUAAUAUAUAUUUUAUAUAUAGGUCUAAUAAUUUUUAUAAGUUUCCUGGCAUAAUAUUGAUAUUAUUGUUUGAUAUUUAUACGAACCUUAAUUAAUAGAAAACAUCAUUAGUUUGAA